AUGUCUUUUCUAUCAGAAUUCAAUCAGAACAUCUUUGAACCUUGGAGGACUGAAUACGUUGCUUAUGAGUCUAUUUCUAACGGAUUGAACGAGAUUUGUAGCAGCGGACAUUGGACAAGACAAGACGAAGAGGAUUUUGAAUCUGCCAUUCGACUUGAAGCAGGAAAAGUCGACUUAUUUAUCAUUCGUAAGCAGCGAGAGAUCGAGUCUAGAUUACGUUACUGUCAACGCAUCUUAUCACAGCAGAAAGAUAUAAAUGAAAGAACUCGCCAUUCAGCAGAUGACACACUGACUGAUAUUUUGGCCGACAUCAAUGAUUUGACCAAAUUCACUCGACUCAAUUUCAAGGCAUUGGAGGCGCUGAUUCAACAACAUGACCGAUUAACGAGCACAAACAGACGUCCUCUUUUGGUAGAAGUGUGCAGAACACGACCUUUGGAUAGUCAGCGGUUUGAUGGUAUUCUGGUGCAAGUGUCCUCCUUGCUGGACACAUGUCGUGGUAGACUGGAUCAAGGUGAUAGUAGCGUUGCAACAGAGCCCAAUCGACAAGACUAUAUAAACGCUCGAUAUUGGAUUCACCAAGAUAAUGUCACAGAGGUCAAGGCAAUCCUAUUAUUCAAUUUACCUAUUUUCGGCAAUGAUUCAUAUGAACAGAGUGAACGGGCCAUGUCCUACAUUUAUUUGGACAACGAUUCAUUCGACGAAUACACAGCACAAUUGCAAUCUGAUGAUGGAGCCGAGCUGCUUACAUGUAGAUGGAAUGGCGAUAUACAGUCUGCAAGUCAAGUAUUUGUUGAGCGGCAUGUGUUUGUAAAAGGCGGGUUUUCUACACAAGAUGGGAUAGCUAUAGAUAAGAAUCAACUGUAUGAUUUCAUACUCACUCAAAACUAUUCUGCCGAGGCAUAUGCGCAAGACUUGAAAAAUGUGGGAUUUGAUCAGAAUUACGUUGAGCUGAGUUACACAAUAGCAAAGAACAUCCAAAGCUCUAUUAUUGACAAGCGGUUAGAGCCCAAGCUACAGAUUCAUUUUAACCGGCUCUUGUUUGAGGCUCCCCAUGACAAGACGCUGUCUGUAUCACUCGACAAUAAUGUAACGUUGAAUGUAACUUCAAACAAGUUUAGCAUGGAAUGGCUUCAUAGCAAUGAUGCUAUUACGGACAAGCGCCAUGUAUUUCCGCACGCUAUACUCGAGACUCGCAUGCUGGACAAGGCCCCUCCUCAAUGGCUAUCUCGCCUACUCGAAUCCAGGUUGGUCUAUGAAGUACCCCGCUUUUCCAUCUGUUUACAUGGAGUUGCUCUUUUUUGGAGUCCGCAACUGCCUUUGCUGCCAUGGUGGCUAUCUCAAAUUGACAUUGAUAUUCGAGCAGCAAAGCGCAAUGACAAGCUGCUAGUCGAGGGAGCGAGCGAAUACUCGGGGCUGACUCGGUCCCGCAGUCUAAAACUCCUGAUUGAUGGUCAGUAUCGUGUAGGCUAUCUGGAAGCACAGUUACAGAAAGGCAAUCCUCAGCGACGACAUGCCAACAGUCGACAUAAUUCCUACAGCAGCAGCGUUCGCCAUGAAAGUAUUGUUAUUACCGAUGAGAGCUUGAACCAGGCCGUACUCGAUGCCAAGGAUAAGCAAGAAUAUGUUGUGCAACUCGAGGAUGCAAGUGCGAGUAAGCUAACAUUGUACUCUAUGCCUACUGGAAAUGAUGAUGAAACGCAAUGUCUGAGAUCUCGCAGCAGCAUCAGCUCUCAACAACAGCAGAAGCAGCAGCGUCAGAAGCAGCGUUUUAAUGAUUUCUAUCGACCCGAAGAAGGAGGAUCACAGGCUUACAUGUUGCAAGAUCCACAUACGAUCAAGGAGAACGACGAUAUGCGAAUAGCAGUGCUUGCAGAAUUAGGGCAGGAAAAGGAAGAAAAGAAAAAGAAGAAGAAGAAGAAGAAGAAGAAGUUGAAACCACCACAGCACACAAUGGAGCCUAAACUCUUCUUUGCCAACGAGCGUACGUUUAUCAACUGGUUGCAAUUCUCUGCAUUGAUCAUGACAGCUGCCUUGACGUUGCUCAAUUUUGGAGACCAUGUGAGUACAAUCGCUGGCGCUACUUUUUUUGGUAUUUCGAUGGUGAUUGCGUUGUAUGCCUUCUUUAGGUAUCGAUGGCGUGCACAUCAAAUGAGCACUCGACCCGACAUACGAUAUGAUGAUCUCUACGGCCCUGUCGGGCUUUGUUGCUUGCUGUUAAGCGCCAUGGUGCUCAAUUUCGUGCUUCGUUGGCAGCAUCCCUCCUCUUCGGACACCUACCUGGGCAUCAACAACAAAACUAAUGAGCAGCAGAGCAAUACCAACAGCACUGCCUGA